ACUGUCAAGCGCCCCUGGCCGGAGAAGCGUUUGCGUUGCCCGCCGGCACUCAGGGACCAGCCGCCGCCUGUGCUCAGCUUGGGGCCGGCAUGGGAGGGGUGGCCGGGGCGGCAUGAUGAGCGCCCUGGGCAGCCCUGUGCGGGCCUACGAUUUUCUACUUAAGUUCCUGCUGGUGGGCGACAGCGACGUGGGCAAGGGCGAGAUCCUGGCCAGCUUGCAGGACGGAGCAGCCGAGUCUCCUUAUGGCCACCCGGCGGGUGAGCGCGGCGGCGGGAGCGCGGCCGCAGCACCCGGAGGCGCAGCGCUGGGGUCUCGGUGCGAGCGGCUGCUCCAGAGAAUUGAUCACAAGACGACCACCAUCCUGCUAGAUGGCCGAAGGGUGAAACUGCAGCUUUGGGACACCUCAGGGCAGGGGAGAUUUUGUACCAUAUUCCGCUCAUAUUCCAGAGGAGCACAGGGUGUGAUCCUGGUCUAUGACAUUGCCAACCGAUGGUCCUUUGAUGGCAUCAAUCGAUGGAUUAAGGAGAUUGAUGAGCAUGCCCCUGGGGUUCCUAAAAUCUUGGUGGGAAACCGGCUGCACCUGGCAUUCAAGCGGCAGGUGCCCACUGAGCAGGCCCAGGCCUACGCCGAGCGCCUGGGUGUGACCUUCUUUGAGGUCAGCCCUCUGUGCAACUUCAACAUUACAGAAUCCUUCACGGAGCUGGCUAGGAUCGUGCUGCUGCGGCAUGGGAUGGACCGUCUCUGGAGACCGAGCAAGGUACUGAGUCUGCAGGACCUCUGCUGCCGUGCUGUGGUGUCCUGCACGCCUGUGCACCUAGUGGACAAGCUCCCUCUUCCUGCUGCCUUACGAAGCCACCUUAAGUCAUUCUCUCUGGCCAGUGGCCUGAACACCAGGAUGAUGCACGGCCGCUCCUACUCCCUAACUGCUAGCUCCAGCCACAAGAGGAGCAGCUUCUGCAAAGCCAGGGCCAGCCGCCCACCCCAGAGCCCACCCAGAAACUGUACCAGGAAUAGCUGCAAAAUUUCUUAGGAACUAGAAUUGGUGGCACAGGCCUAUCAUUCCAGCUACUCAAGAGGCUGAAGCAGGAGGAUCACAUGCUCAAGGCCCACCUGGGCUACAGAAUGAGUUCAAGGCCAGCCUGGGCAACUAGUGAGACCCUGCCUCAAAUUAAAAAGUAAAAAGAGGGCUGGCUCUCUAGGAGAGUCUGGAGGACAGAGACCAUUCUAGACUCAAGAAACAUAUUCUCCAUCUCUUACAGUAAUGAUGCUACUUCAUUUGGAAUGCCUAUGCCACUGAUGUAGUACGAAUGCCCAGUGCGCUGUGACUGACACUUCUGUGUGGAUGUGCAUGAAGCUCUUGUUCUAGACUUGUGUGUACAAAGGGAAAAAUUAAUAUUCUGCCCUACUCUUGAUAAUAUGAAAUUAUGGAUGUUGCUUUUAUCAUGAUUGCUGUGCAACUUUUUCUGUAACUGCUUUUAUAUGGCUGAUAAAAUGUGUGUAGUGAAUACAUAUUCAAAGAAAUUUCAGAAACAAUGAUAAUCAGAUAGGCUAGCAUCACUGAUAUUACAAGAGGGACCUUUUAUAAACCUCUUUUUAAUGUCAAAGUUCCAAUUUAUAAAAAAAAAAAAAUGCUGCAGUUGCACAUAGAGAUUGUGUACAACAGAUCUGUCCCAUUUGGGUAGGACAUGGAUUUGAUAAAGUUUUUGCUAUGUCAUUUACUACAUUUUGGGAUUAAUAAGUAAUCUAUAUUCAUAUUUUUCUGUAAACCUACAUUUUUUGUACAAAGUGUCCUACAAGUUAUGAAACUACAGGAAGAAAAUGCCAAAGAUAUCUCCAAUUAUGUUGAACAUAACCAGCAUUGUUUCAACAGAUUAGCAAGGAGAGAGGUAUUUCAGUAAAGAACGAAGUGAAAACAGUAUUAUUUAGGGAAAUAUUUCUCAAUAAAGUAGAUGCUUGUUCCUCUC